GCGGCGCCCUGUGGAGUGCAGCUACUCUGACAGUGGUGCCUGGAGACUGUUUUGGCGGGUGGCCCCAGGAACCCUCCCAGGCAGGCAGGGAACGACGCUGUGUGAGAGACCUGCUGCCUCCACCUCCAGCUCUGCCACCAUGGCCAGGGAGCAGCCCAAUGUGGGGGACCUCCUCCCUCUCCUGGAGACCUCCGACCUUCGACAACUAGAGGAGAUCAGAGGCCUUAUCAAUGAGCACCUUAGUACAGAGCGAGGGUCCAUGCUGCUUAAUGGACUGGUAGACUACUUUCUGGAAACAAACUCUGUCCAGGCCAUGCAUAUCCUUUCUUCAGUUAGAGAGCCACAUGAUAAGCACCUUCUGGACAAGAUGAACGAGUGUAUGACCAAACAGGCCUAUCGACUGCCCACCCUCACCCUUCUCGGCCAUGUAGUACGUAAGCAGCCGUCCUGGAUCCACAAGAUCGCCCGAUAUCCUCUCCUGCUGUCACUGCUCAAAUGCCUCAAGACUGACACUGACGUCGUGGUCCUGAUAACUGGAGUGCUGGUGCUUAUCACACUGCUGCCCAUGAUCCCCCAGGCCGGGAAACAACACCUCUGGGAGUUCUUUGACAUCUUUGGCCGCCUGGCAUCCUGGAACCUGAAAAACCCUGGACAUGUUUUAGAGGUGUAUCUGAUUCAUCUGCAUGCCAGUGUCUAUUCGCUAUUCCACCGUCUCUAUGGGAUGUACCCCUGCAACUUUGUCUCCUACCUGCGCUCCCACUACAGCAUGAAGGAAAACAUGGAGACCUUUGAGGAGGUCGUGAAGCCGAUGCUUGAACACGUUCGUAUACACCCGGAAUUAGUGACAGGAACCAAGGACCAUGAACUUGACCCCACCAGGUGGAAAAAGUUUGAAAUCCAUGAUAUUGUCAUCGAAUGUGCCAAAGUGUCCCUGGACCCGAAGGAGGCCUCAUGUGAGGAGGGCUAUACUACCAUGCCUGAGAACUUUUAUCCUCAUCUCCACUUCCGGCCCCAGGACUGCACAUCUAGCCCCUACACUGACUUCCACAGCAGUUAUGGAAGUUCGUCUUCAACUCCACGACAACCCCUGCUCCCACCUCUGUCCUUACCCCCCUUCUCAGGGACGCAGUCCUCCUAUCGUAGCCCACAGACCUCUAGACGCCAGAACUCCAGCUGUGAACUCAACUCUUCCUGCGGGGGUAAAGACCCUCUGUGGAGCCCCUCCUCCUUGUGUGGCAUGGCCACUCCCCCUUCCUCUAGGGGCAUGUCGCCCAAUUUGGAGCUCUCCCAGAGUGCCUCACAUCUCCCCAGCCGCUUCCACUGCACCUCAGGAGGGAAAGGAACACCCGCCUCUAGUACCCCAGCAACCUCCUCCCCGCCCCCGACUCUUUCAGACGACUUCACCAUCAUUUCCCUACCCACAAACACAGUCCAGUCUAGUCCACAGAGAAAGGAUCGCAGACCAGGAGAGGCCAGUAAGCCUACACUGGUAAGACAGGAGCCAGUGAAAGAACCAGAGAAAGGUGGAGGAGAAGUAGCCAAUAACAGAGAUACGAGAGGUGCUGAGAAUAUUUCCAUGACUUUGACGGAACUGUCAGUUUUCAUGAAGAAGCAGGAGCUGGAUCUUCAGCUGAGAACAGAGAAGGAGAAAGAGGAAGCUGCAAUCACAGAAGAGCUGCUGAAGAUCACUGAGGACAAGCAAGAUCUGGCUGGCCUAAGGGGCUUUGACUCUCCUUUCUACCACACUACAGAGACUCUGACCGGCUACCAGGCCCAAGAGAAGACCUUCUCCAGCGCUCAGCCCAGUGGUUCUGUCCGGGAUACCCACAAUACUGUGUGUACUCCAGACAAAGCAGAGAACACAGCAAAUACAAGUGUUGGCAGUGGAGCAGGGAGUAGUGGAGUUGUAAGUGCAGGAGACAGCAGGAGUUCAGCCCUGGUCCUGGAGCAGUCCUGGUCCUUUCAGUCAGUUUUUACCCCUAUCGAUCACCACCUUCACCGGAGUCCCUCGGCCCCAGAGGACGAAGUAUCCAAGUUUGGCCUGCUCUCCCCCAGCCCAUGCAGUAAGACACCGGUGUCGUUGCCCUAUGAGAUCUUUUUUGACUUGGCUUUGCCCAGGGCGGCCUCACUUUUUGUGGGCAAGAAAACCUCGGAGGCAGUGCACAAGGCAGCAAUGGAGAGGCUAUUGCAGUCAGGGGAUGGCUUAGAAGAUGGAGAGGAAGAAGGGGUUGUGUCUGCUUCACCACUGGAGGUGCUGGAUCGCCUUGUUCAGCAGGGGAGCGACACCCAUGAUAAAGUUCUCAAGAGAUUACCUUUGCCAAGCAAGUCAGCUGACUGGACACACUUCGGAGGCUCGGCUCCCCAAGACGAGCUUCAUACACUGCGUAGCCAGCUGCACCUGCUGCACAGCCAGCUGUUGUACGAACGGUAUAAGAGGGAGCAGCACGCCGUCCGCAACCGACGCUUGCUGCGACGCGUCAUCAACGCCACUGCACUGGAGGAGCAGAACAAUGCUAUGAAGGACCAGCUGAACCUGCAGAGCGUGGACAUCGUGUCUCUUAGAGAGAGUCUGCAGGUGGAGCAGCACAGAUACAGGCAGCUAUGGGACGACCGGGAGACAGUGGUGACCAAGCUGCACAAACAGGUCAGGCAGCUGCAGCAAGGUCGAGAUGACUACUAUACCAAGAACCAGGAGAUGCAGAGCAAGUUACAGGAGUGCCAGAAAAGAAUGGAUGAACUGGAGGCGGAGCUUCAGAGGGCCAACAACAAAGUGUGCCACACCGGUCACCUUCUAAACCAGAUGACCAUUAAGCUAAACAACAGCGAGAGCACGCAGCAGCAGAUGAGCUUCCUAAACAAGCAGCUGCUGCUUCUUGGGGAGGCCCAUAAGCUGUCUAUGCAGGAGGUGCACCACGCAGGCCCGGACAACAAAAAGGAAGCCCGGAUGCUGCAGGUGUCCUGCGGAAAGGAGGUAGAGAGGCUGAGGCAGAGCCUGCUGGUGCAGGGUCAGAAGCUGGAGGCGGCACAGCAGAGAGUGGUUGAUCUGGAGACCCUCCUCUCCAAGAGGGAACACCUCAUCGCCGAGCAGAAGAAGUUCCUCGAGGAUGUCAAAUGCCAGGCAAAAGCUGAAUUGCAAGCAUCCGAGAUUAGGUACCAAGCCCAAAGGAGAGUCACUCAGAUGCUGCAGACAGAGCUCCUGCAACUCUACAGCAGAGUGGAAAUGGAGGCUCCCGCCUGCAACCCCACCAGCUCACCACAAGGUGGCAGGGCAGACCCACACACUCCCACAGAAUCAUGUGUCACAGUGCCAGACGGACCAAUAAAAACCAAUGCCACAGAGGAGUUGGACGACAGACCUCCUUACGAGUCCUCCAGAGGCAAAGGCAGCACUUUAUCGCCAGGGCAACCAAAGGCAACCAACUCUUCCAAGACAACAACCAAUAAUUCCAUCAACGGUAGCCAAGACCUACCCACUCCUCUGCUGGUGGAGCCCUCCCUGUCAUGUAUGCGCUCCGACCCCAUCACACCCCUGCCACCCUCCGAUGCUCCCCUCACCGUGGGUUCCUAUCCCAGCGCCAAGAGCUUCCUGGGUAUGAGGGCACGGGAGCUUUUCCGCAACAAGAGCGAGAGCCAGUGCAACGAGGACCAACCACCGCUGCGUUUGGCUGGCCUGGCCCAUGGGCUGAAGACUGAGCUCUGCGUGGAGCCCUGCCGGGGUGAUAACGCUCCAGUCAUUCCUUCCACUGCCCCGACACCUUCCCCUCUCCCUGCCGUUACCCUUUUACCCAGACCUGCCCACAUUACUGCCCCGCAAGCCCAGGGGAGCCCUUUCACUGUGUCCGCCAAGGAGCCCCCGUCUGAUUCCAAGCAGCGGGUCCCCAGUCAGGAUAGCCCUCGCAGGAAGGCCGGGGUGGGCCACGGCGGGGGGAGGGCCCCGGCCGGCACGGCGAGGCCCAGACAGCAGCAGUUAAAGAUCAUGGACUACAACGAAACACACCACGAGCACAGUUAGAGAUACGGAGCUGAGACUGAGAGAGGGUAAAGGAGGAGAGACUUCGGUGUAAAAGAGACGGGUUGGAAGAAGAACUACAAGCAUAGAUCAGCAAAAGAGUACACGUCAGGAACUCUUUUGAAUUCAGUGUUAUUAGUUUCGUUCCUCUGCGUGGACAACAGGAUUACCCCCCCACGUUUCAACUGAAGACGCUAGAUUUGAUGAUCUGGUCUGCGAACAGCGAUGCUUAAAGAGAUGCAUUGACAUGUGAGUGUAGCGGUCUACACCGUUCUCUCACGGUGUACCAUGACACGACGCCCCGCCAGGAGGUCUGUUGAAAGUUGCUGACUCAAAAUGGGAACGUAAAUAUAAAAUCAUGCAAAGGACGUUAAUUACUCCAUCUUUGUUUUCAAGCAGCGGCCUCCCAGUAAGUGUCAGGAGGGCUUCUUUUUUUUUUUUGCCCCGUGUCCGCUAACAGUCACGAUCUCUCUCGCCUCCAGCAUUUGAUAAGCUCUGAAUUUUUGUCGCCCCUAAACUGUGAAUAGUGUACACAUGGGAUGCGCCCACAUCCGUACAUACGCGAGGGAGCAUAUUUGUUUGACUCUUGACUGCCACCCCCGUCCAUGCUGCGCCGCGGCGUUGACCGAUCCCGACACAGACUCAUCAGCUGUAGCCGGGGGGGGGG